AUCGCAGAGCUCGUAGGUGUAAAUACUAUUACAGAGAUUUGUGGUUCCCGACAGGGAUGGGAGGGGGAAGUGAGAUCUGCCCAUAAAGGACGUUUGGCAGUUGGGAGCAUUUUGGGCUAUGACAAACUGGUGGGGUGAGGAGCCUUCUGCUGGCAUGCCCGGGGAUGCCACUUGACACCCUACAGUGUUGCGGGGGACAACAAAGAAUUAUUCGGCCCCAAAUGUCAAUAGUACUGAGGUUGAAAAACCCUAAUAAAGGCAAAUCAUUUUUUAAGUGUUUCCCUAUUAAUAUGAGUAAAUACACUUUAGUUUCACAAAAAGUGGGAUUGGUUAUACAUAUUAAUGUAUAACCUGCUUUUUAAAUUUAUAUUAUGAACAUUUGUGUCCUCCCAUGAGUCCAUAAAUAUGCACUCUCCUCAUUCUUUAAGGAAAUGCCAUGUGGUGUGCUGUUGUGUGGUCACGCCUUUAUGCGUUUCACUGCUCCUGGUGUUUGGAGAUGCAGCCUACUUGUAGGGGUUUGCUGCUGGAAGCGUGGGGGGUUUGUUUGUGUGUUUUGCCUCCUAUGUGUUGGCCUCCUGUUUCCCACCUGCCGUUGGGGAGCCACUCUCUGGGGCAUCCCUCCCACACUGGGUUGCCCUUCAUGGGUAGUGGCACCCCCUCCACCACCUCUUCUUGGGCUGGUCUGUAAUCUCUAAGGUUUACCAUUGAACACAUAUCAAAGCUUAAUGAAGCACUGUUGAAAUAUUGAAUAGAUGAAUAACCUCAAAUAUUAUCAUGUUUCAGUUUUAGGUAUAACUUUUACUUUUUGUUCUUUAAAAAAAUCUGUCUUCUGAUAGGUUAUUUAUUACAUGCGGGUCUAGCCUCUGGGCCCGUUGGCUCUGCUCCCUGCCCGGGCAUCCCGUGUUCCUGGUGUCUGGUGUCCUCAGGAGGGCUGGGAAGUGGGGCGCGGCCGAGGGGGCCUGGCCUUGCCUGUGUGCUCUGGCCCCCGGGCAGGUCCAGCAGCUGUGCUGGGCAGCUGCCCCAAGGCCGGAGAUGAGUACAGCUUCAGAGAGAAGGGUGUUCAGUUGGCGCUCAGCCGGGGCUCUGCUCUGGGGCCGGGCAGCAUGUGGAGUGCCUGGAGGGCGGGGCCUCUUUCUGGGGCUGCUUUUGCACAGGGGCGUCCAGGAGCCUUGUUUGCAUGGUGGUAUCUAUUUUUGUGUUUCAUACAGCACCGCAAGGAAGUCCGUUGUCUACGCACAUCCCAGCUGUUUUGAAUAGUCUGGUCUCAGGGGGCUUCAAGGUAGGGAUUCGUGUGCUGCGAACCCAGUGCUUGGGCAGCAUGAGAACAGCAGGAUGUGAGUAACAGGAAGUGACAGAAAUUACCCAGCGUGUCAGAUGCUUACUGUCGGCCACCUUUCUAAGCCCACAGGCCGGGGAGCUAUAUUUAGCAGAGCACAUCUCCAGGCCUUAGUCCUGCCUGGGGGCUGCCCCUUGCUCCUCUGUGGUCAGUGGCCGAGCGGGCGGUGCUGAUGCAUACUCCGGCGUCCCUGGUCUGCUUUGGCGAUAUACAGGCUCUUGUCUGUCGUUUUUAAAACUUGUUUUUUGUUUCUGCUGGGCCCCUUUAGUUCUGGUCCAUUUUAGCAGUUGGAAAUGUUCUGAAAGAGGGCAGAGUGGCAGGUCAUCACUCCGUGUAGGAAACUCAUCCUGUGUGCUGAUAACAGAAAAGAAAUGGAAGAUUGGAUUGCAGCCCUGAGGACGGUCCAGAACCGGGAGCACUUUGAGCCCACCCAGUACAGCAUGGACCAUUUCUCAGGGAUGCACAAUUGGUACGCCUGUUCCCACGCGAGGCCGACCUACUGCAACGUGUGUCGCGAGGCUCUUUCUGGGGUCACAUCCCACGGACUGUCCUGUGAAGUGUGCAAAUUUAAGGCCCACAAACGGUGUGCUGUGCGUGCAACCAACAACUGCAAGUGGACCACGCUGGCCUCUAUCGGGAAAGACAUCAUCGAGGACGAGGACGGGAUCGCCAUGCCUCACCAGUGGCUGGAGGGAAACCUGCCUGUGAGCGCCAAGUGCACAGUGUGUGAUAAGACGUGUGGCAGCGUCCUGCGCCUGCAGGACUGGCGCUGCCUCUGGUGCAAGGCCAUGGUGCACACGUCAUGCAAGGAUUCCUUACUGACCAAGUGCCCACUGGGACUGUGUAAAGUGUCAGUCAUCCCUCCCACUGCGCUCAACAGCAUUGAUUCUGAUGGCUUCUGGAAGGCCACAUGCCCGCCGUCCUGCACCAGCCCGCUGUUGGUCUUCGUCAACUCAAAAAGUGGCGACAACCAGGGAGUGAAGUUCCUCAGAAGGUUCAAACAGCUGCUGAACCCUGCCCAGGUCUUCGACCUCAUGAAUGGAGGACCACACCUUGGCUUACGUUUAUUCCAGAAGUUCGAUACAUUCCGGAUUCUGGUUUGUGGUGGGGAUGGCAGUGUCGGCUGGGUCCUCUCUGAAAUCGACAGCCUCAGUCUUCACAAACAGUGUCAGCUGGGCGUGCUGCCUCUCGGCACGGGGAAUGACCUGGCUCGCGUGCUCGGCUGGGGCUCAGCCUGUGACGACGACGCCCAGCUCCCACAGAUCCUGGAGAAGCUGGAAAGAGCCGGCACCAAGAUGCUGGACCGGUGGAGCGUCAUGGCUUACGAGACCAAACUCCCACGGCAGGCUUCCUCCUCCACCACCGCAGAAGACUUCAGUGAGGGCUCUGAGGUGCAGCAAAUUCUCUUCUAUGAAGACUCGGUUGCGGCUCAUCUUUCUAAGAUCCUGACCUCUGACCAGCACUCAGUGGUGAUUUCUUCAGCCAAAGUACUCUGCGAAACGGUGAAGGACUUUGUGGCUCGAGUGGGGAAGGCCUACGAGAAGACCACCGAGAGCUCGGAGGAGUCUGAGGUCAUGGCCAAGAAGUGCUCUGUUCUGAAAGAGAAGCUGGAUUCUCUCCUCAAGACCCUGGAUGAUGAGUCCCAGGCCUCAUCCUCACUGCCCACCCCACCCCCCACCAUUGCCGAGGAGGUGGAGGAUGGGGACGGGGCAGGCGGCGGCUGUGGCCCCACUGGGGACCGCUCUGUGGGGCUGGCGUGCCCCUCCCGGCCGCAGAUAUUCCGUCCUCGGGAGCAGCUCAUGCUAAGAGCCAACAGCCUGAAAAAAGCGAUCCGCCAGAUCAUAGAGCACACAGAAAAAGCUGUCGACGAGCAGAACGCCCAGACCCAAGAACAGGAGGGCUUCGUCUUAGGUCUGUCUGCGUCAGAGGAGAAAAGGGACCUGAGGUCGGACAACAGAGUGUGCCACAGCGAGAGUUGCGGGGCUGCCAAGAGCAGGAGCCUCCGCAAAGUGGCCAAAUCCCCAUGUGAGAAGCUGAUAAGCAAAGGAAGUCUGUCACUGGGCGGUUCUGCCUCUCUUCCAGCCCAGUCAGGAAACCGGGACGGCCUGCCAGCACUGAACACCAAGAUCCUGUUCCCCAAUGUUCGGGCUGGGAUGUCUGGGUCUUUGCCUGGAGGGUCAGUCAUCAGUCGCUUAUUAAUUAAUGCUGACCCCUUUAACUCCGAACCCGAAAACCUAGAGUAUUAUACUGAGAAGUGUGUCAUGAACAAUUACUUCGGCAUCGGCCUGGACGCGAAGAUAUCCCUGGACUUCAACAACAAGCGCGACGAGCACCCCGAGAAGUGCAGGAGCAGGACCAAGAACAUGAUGUGGUACGGCGUUCUCGGCACCAAAGAGCUGCUGCACCGAACCUACAGGAACCUGGAGCAGAAGGUCCUGCUGGAGUGUGACGGGCGACCCAUCCCACUCCCCAGUCUCCAGGGAAUUGCUGUCCUCAACAUUCCCAGCUAUGCUGGAGGGACCAACUUCUGGGGGGGCACCAAGGAAGAUGAUACGUUCACAGCUCCGUCAUUCGAUGAUAAGAUCUUGGAGGUGGUCGCUGUGUUUGGCAGUAUGCAGAUGGCUGUGUCCCGCGUCAUUAAGCUGCAGCAUCACCGAAUUGCCCAGUGUCGCACGGUGAAGAUUUCCAUCCUGGGAGAUGAGGGCGUGCCUGUGCAGGUGGACGGAGAGGCCUGGGUCCAGCCCCCGGGAUACAUUCGGAUUAUCCAUAAGAACCGGGCCCAGACGCUCACAAGAGAUCGGGCCUUUGAGAACACCCUCAAGUCCUGGGAAGACAAGCAAAAGUGCGAACUGCCUCGCCCCCCAUCUUGCUCUCUGCACCCGGAGAUCCUGUCCGAGGAAGAGGCCACCCAGAUGGACCAGUUUGGGCAGGCGGCGGGAGCCCUCAUCCACAGUAUCCGGGAGAUAGCCCAGUGCCAUCGGGGCGUGGAGCAGGAGCUCGCCCACGCUGUCAAUGCCAGCUCCAAGUCCAUGGACCGCGUGUACAGCAAGGCCAGAGCCGCGGAGGUGCCUGCGCCGCUCAGGUCUUCCUCCCCCGGACCACUGGGGCCCUCGGGGCUGCUGCAUGGAGCCUCUUCAGGUUCCUCUACGGGGCUGAACUGCAGCUUUGUCCUGGAAAUGGUGAAUAACAUCAAAGCUCUGCGCAGUGAGACGGAGCUGCUGCUGGCUGGCAAGAUGGCCCUGCAGUUGGACCCCCCACAGAAGGAGCGGCUUGGGGCUGCUCUCACUGAGAUGGACCAGCAGCUCCAGAAGCUGGCAGACACGCCCUGGCUGGGCCCGCCCCUGGAGCCCGGUGAUGACGAGAAUGUGAUGUUGGAUCUUUCCAAACGCAGCCGCAGUGGCAAGUUCCGCCUGGUGACCAAGUUUAAGAAAGAGAAGAACAACAAGAACCGAGAGGCGAGCAGCAGCCUGGCAGCUCCGGUUCACCUCUGGGGCACAGAGGAGGUUGCCUCCUGGCUGGAGCACCUCAGUCUCUGUGAGUAUAAGGACAUCUUCACGCGGCACGACAUCCGGGGCUCUGAGCUCCUGCACCUGGAGCGGAGGGACCUCAAGGACCUUGGCGUGACCAAGGUGGGCCACAUGAAGAGGAUCCUGUGUGGCAUCAAGGAGCUGGGCCGGAGUUCCCCUGCCACCGAGGCCUAGCCUCGGCCCUCUCGGCCUGCGUGCUCCGCCCUGCCCGCGACUGAGGCCCUGGGGGCGCUGCCGCGGCGCCCCCAUCCCUUCUCCUGGUGCUACCCCUCUGCCCGCGACAGGACGCCCCCCAGGCACCCCACCGCGGCAGCUCCGGGCCUGACACAGCAACGCAGCUACCUUGGGGACCGUGCCGUCUCCAGCCUGGCAUCGGGGGUCAGCCUGCUGCUGCCGUCUGCCCAGCUGACCACCAGGCCACACUCACGGCCCUGGGGUCCUUUGGUGGUGCGCCAGCUGCUGGUGACCCUCAUCAGCAAGGCCCUUACCAUGGCCCUGCCCUCCCUGGUGGCAGCGUUCCCAGCCAUGGUCAUUUUGGUCUGACGUGGAGAAAAGGAAAGCUGGCUGCUCGGGCGGUCGGCCCCAGGGCUGGGGAGACCCCCGCCUGUGGCCUGAAGCCCUCCGUCCGAGGCUGCGCCCCCGCCUCCUGAGCUGUGGGCAUGGUUGUGCGGCGUGCUGUCCCCAGGACGCCGUGGCCUGCACAGCACUGGGGGGCCGUGCGGGAGGGUGGCCGCCGUGGCUGGGGACGGUGUCUGCAGCAGUGCAGUGUUUCCAAGAGGAAGCCCCCUGGGCCCGCUCGCCCCCUCCCUUGGUGGUGCGUCCGCCCUGGGCGUGCGGCCGUCCGAGGGCCGUCCUCUGCCCCUGGCCCUGCGGGUGGCUCCUCGGCUCCGGCUUUUGGAGGCGGUGAGGGACCGGACCCCCCGCCCGUGCUGCUGUGCUCCCCACCCCCAUGCCCUCCCCUCCACCCUGUGAUGGCCGAAGCUUGCAGGGACAUGCAGCCCAGCCUGGAGAGGGGUUCUUGAUGCAGCCCUGGGUGAGGGGCAACUGCACCGGCCAGGCCGUCACCCCACCCUCUGGUUUGCUUCACCCUAUUUGUCCGUGGGAGGCGCUGGGCAGGAGGUGCUGAGGGCGUCCUCAGAGGCUCCCUGUAGUGGGGCUCCCUGUGGGGCUCAGCCCAACAGCAUUUACCUGCCAUCAGCUCCACAGACCCCUCUGCUGGCCGCCCUAGUGGCAUGUGCCCGGGCAGGCCCCUGCCUGUGGUUUGGGGGUGCCCCCACCCUGGCGUCUCUUCCCGGCCCAAGGCUCGGGCGGAGGCCCCCGCCCCGCGUGGAGCAGUGGGGUUUGUUUUUGGCCGUCUUGCGCCCCAUGUGCACGCUCGCUGCCCCGUGGAGGGGCGCCCUGGCAGCUGUGCAUUGCCUUUUCCUGACACAACCCCCGUUGCAGACGGCAGGUGGAGGGAGACCAUCUAGCCUCCAGAAACCGAUUUCCGAGUAGAACAGGCUGGGGAAGACCAUGAAGACCCGGACCCGUGGCCCCAGAACAGGUCUGCUCUGUGCUGGGGGCGCUGGGGGCUCUCAGUUCCCCGAGCAAGCGCCGGACUAGCGAGAGCAUGGGUGAGAGCGCGCGAGCGGUGGCGGCCACCCCUCGCCGGCAGUGUCCUCCCUGGCCAGGAGCCCCCUAGGUUUGGGUCAAGCGUGGUGCUUAAAAUUAAUAUGUUGUCAGUAAUGAAAGCAACACUGUUUACGUAAAAUAAUUUUUUGUGAUUCUAGUUAAGUUAGAAGCGAAGGGAAUAAACCAGAGUGUUGCAUGCGGCUGUCGGGAAGGGCCGGCGCGCUAGGCUCCUUGUGGUCUCUGUUGCUGUACAUGUGGGGCUGCUCUUCCGCCCGUCCCAGUCCCCUGCCGGGGGCUGGACAUUGCCCCUGGUUCUGGGGGCGUCUCAUGGCCCUGCCAGCGUGGGAGGAGGAAGGAAGGAUCCUGGAGUCUUGGAGAAAAGGUUUUGUGCCCUCGGGUGGGGCUUACCCCUCAUAUUUAUGAUUUUAAUUUAUACAGUGCCCACCGUGGAAGCAAAUGCCUCCUGUGUUGCUAUGUACAUAUCCACAUCUGGGGUUGUAAAUAAGUUGUCUGUGUAUAAAUAAAACAAGCCUGUUUUUGA